UUUGGGUCCCCUGUCCUGUCUGCUCCUCCCUGAUAUGACUGAUAUGAGUCAUGGGCCGCAAGCAGAAGACACAGGGAAGGAGAAAGAGUGGAAAGUGGUGCUUCUGUACCCCAGAGGUGGAGGGAUGCAGGAGCGCAGCAGGAGAAGAAACCCAGUGUGAUAUCACCAUGUGGUGGUCAAAUGACCAAGUGGUGGAUGGUGAAGUCACCAGGCAAUGGAUUGUGACCUCAUGUCCCUGGAUGCUUAUCCUGGGGUGCCGGCAGAGCCUGAGCCAGUCUGGCUCAUGCCUGGACUCCUGCUGAGCGUGACCGCGAGGUGUGGAGGUCCGAGCCAGGCUUCUCCAGGUGCUGGGUAGUGCUUUGGGGGCUGCCAUCGGCAGCUCUCCGUGCCCGUCCCAGAGCCACCCCCUGUGUUUCUCCAGCCCUGCCUGACAGCAGCGGAGGUGAGCUGUGGGGGAAAUGUCCCCCAAGGCGGCCAUGGGGCGGGUGGUGGGGCAGCAGCGGGGCAGUAGGGUUGCGAGUGGGGGCCUGCGAGUGACCGUGGCCUCUCUCCGCCUUGCAGUGUUCAACACCCUCUGGCACCGCCUCCACCAGGGAGGGGGAGCAGCUCCUCAUCCUCGGCUCUCCCCAACGCUCCGAGAAGCACCACCAUGGCCACGGAGUCAGAGGGGUGCUGUCCCGUCUGCCAGGAUGUUCGGAAGGGCAUCGCCUCAGUGGAGCCGUGCCAACACCAGUUCUGCCUGGGCUGCAUCCUGCGGUGGGCCAAAAGGACAUCCAGCUGCCCCCUCUGCAGAACAGUGAUGGAGAAAAUCAAGUUCUCCGUGCGGGGAGAAAAUGACUACCUGGAGCAGGUCAUCACGCCCCCCGCCCAGCCAGCAGGUGCCAGCAGCCAGGCAGGCACAGCUCCCGGCGGCCUGGAAGAGCAGGAGGCUGCGGGGACAGAGGCCCAGGCCUGCGUGGGUGGCCUCCAGCCCCAGGUCUGGGCAGAGCUCUUCCAAGAACACCGGCACCUCCUGGACCCCGUGCUGCCCUGGCUGCGCCGGCAGCUGGAGGCCAUCUACGAGGAGCAGUGGUGGCUGGCAAUGGCGGCCGAGAAGCUGCUGGUGCAGGCCCUCUGCUUCUACGGCCCGGACGAGGAGGCCGUGGUGCGGCGGAUGCAGCCGGGCCUGGAGGAGCACACGGCCCCGCUGGUCCGCGACCUCAUCAACGUCGUGGUGCGCCGCUGCGGGAGGGAGGCCCGGAGGCUGCUGGAAAACCCCAUUUCCCCCACACGGUCUCUGGGUGCCUCUUUCUGCCCCUUCUCCUCCCGCCUGUUAAGGAAUAAAGUAUUUAUGAGAUUUACUUGA